GCCUCCGCCUCCAACUCCGGCAGCCCUCCCGGCGACACAACAAACAAGCAAGCAAGCAAGGCGAGGGAAAGGAAUAUGGCUCUCCGGCGCAGCCUCGGAUCCCUCGCCCUCCGCUCCGCCGCUGCAUACCUCCGCCGCCACUGCCCCCCCGCUCCUCCUCCUCCUCUCGCCCUUGCCGCCCCCGCUCCGACUCCCAUCCGCCGCCCGCUCGCCCCACAGUGCCGGCACUUCGCCGCGCCGCCUGGUCCUCAGGGCAACAGGAAGGGAAGCAAGGACGAUGACGAUGACACCACUGGCCUCCGCAUCAACAACGCCAUCACCUCUCCCUUCGUCAGGCUCGUCAGAGAUGAAGGCCACAGUGUUGUCCCCAGGCAUGAAGCUCUGCAGCUAGCUGCCAGGAUGGGCAUGGACUUAGUUGAGGUCGACAGAAAAUCAGACCCUCCUGUAUGUAAAAUCAUGGAUUUUCACAAAGAGAAGUAUAAGAAAGACACCAAGGAGAAAGAGCGUUUGAAAACCAAGUCUGCUAUUGUCUUACGUGGUGGGGAGAACAAAGAAGUGCGAUUUAAGGGGAAAACAGAACUAAAAGAUUUGAUGGUGAAAGCAGAUGCAAUUACCAGAUUAAUGGAGCGGGGUUACAGGGUGAAGUGCAUGGCCAUGCCCUCAGGUAAUGAAGGAGAAGAUUUAGGAGCACCACUAUCUCGGUUAUUAGGACUUAUACAAGAUGUCAGCAUUGUCGAAAGUGGUCCACACUUGGACUCGAAACAUGCUUAUGUUAUUGUGAGGCAUGUGAAGUUUGCUACAAAGAAAGGUGGGAAGAAGGCCAGCAAAGCCAUGGAAGAUGCGGGAAAAGGUAGCCGUAGUGCUGCCUCUGAAUCGACUGUUGCUGGUAACGAUAGCGAAGGCGAGACAGUCGAACGUGGUUCAGAAAAAGCUGAUGAUCAAGCCAUCUCCAAUCGUGUUGACAAAACAGCUGCCCGCAGAGAUUCUCCCACACAAAAAGGUGGGCAGGAUAGAGGAUUUAAAAGGGAGUUGAAUUGGUCGAAACCCAACUCAGGGGCCGACCAUGUAAAAUUGCACAAUGCCAAUGCUGGGGAAAGCAGAAUGAAUCCUGCGCAGAGGGGAUCACAAGCAUCUGAACGCAGAUUUGGCAAUGUGAAUCCUGACAUGGAAAAGCGAGAGAACAACACACAGGACCAGGGACCUGGUGAAAUGAAUAGGUAUGCUGCUCGGAGACAGCCGAUGAGAGGAGACAACCACCGAGGUUUCAGUCAAGGGAGACCCCCGCAAGAUGAUAGAAGGAAUGAAACUGGAGGCCGUUAUGACCACCAGAGACCUCUGGAACAGCAGCACAAUCGACCGUUACCAAGGUUCAACCAAGGUGGAUUGCCACAAGAUCCGAGAAAUGACAGAAGAGGUCAGUUUGCAUUGAAAAACAACCACCAAAGGCAACCAGCAGGUGGUGGUGGUUUAGGUGGUGAUCCUAAUCAAACGAGCAAGAGUUUUGGAAUCUUUAGUAGUACUCCAAAACCUGCCUCAUCUGAACUGAGGAAGGCAGAUGGUGCUGGUACUAAUAGUAAGCCUGGUGAUACCGACUCACCUAAAAGCUUUGGGAUUUUUAGUUCUUCUAAGAAAUAAGUGAGAUAGGUGAGGGUUCUACAGAAGAAGACUGGGGAUAUUUAAUUUGGCACAAUAAAUCCAAUCCUAGUUGUAAGGUUCAAACCUGCAGAUAUGGAUGGGUGUUUUGGUCUUUUACCAAGGAAUUAUGGAUGAUUGGCAUUUAUUCAGCGUAAGCAGAUGUGUUGUUUUGGUGAUGAAAA